AUGGGGGUUCAUGAAUUCCUUAUUCUGCUGCAGCUGCUGCUACUUCACCUUGGAGUCCCGGUGUGGGGCUCUCCACAAUCCCCCUUCUGUGAUAGCCACAUCCUGGAGAGGUACAUCCUUGAGGCUAAAGAAGCACAGAAUGCUACGGUAGCCUGCAUGGAAGAUUGCAGCCUGGGAGAGAACAUCACAGUCCCUGAUACCAGGGUGAACUUCCAUACCUGGAAGAAGAUGGAGAUGGGGCAGAAGGCAGGGGAGGUCUGGCAGGGGCUGACCCUGCUCUCCGAAGCUGUUCUAAAAGGGCAGGCCUUGCUGGCCAACUCCUCCCAGACACCAGUAGCUCUAAAGCUCUUUGUGGACAAAGCUGUCAGCAGCUUGAGAAGUCUCAGAUUCCUGCUUCGAGGACUGGGAGCACAGGAAGAAACUGUCUUCGUUCCAGAUGCCCCAACAGCAGUUCCAUUUCGUACCUUCACUGUUGGAACCAUGGAUAAACUUUUUCGAAUCUACUCUAAUUUCCUACGGGGAAAGCUCAAGCUGUUUUUGAGGGAAGCCUGCCAAAGAGAAGAGAGGUGA